UCUCACCUUUCCCCACUUAUCUAGGACCAUUUGCUCUCAGCGGCGAGUCGCAUUUGUUGAUUCAUCUACUCCUCCAGAAAUUUCGUUGUCGCUGUCUGCUGGUCACUGAUGGACCGGUUGCUGCUGCAUUGCGUCGUCGGUGCGCCCAUCACAGGCUUCCUCGUCACACGCAAAUCUGAACGAUGGAAAAACAUAGGUAGGUGUGUCAGGCCGAUCUGCAAGCACAACACAGCAGACGGACGGGUGAUUCCUUUUCUCUCUCUCCGUGUGCGUGUGUGUGUGUGAUUGUGUGUGCGCAGCGUUGGUAGCCGCGGUGGUGUUUGUGGUCGCGCUGGGGUGGAUGGAGGUAAGCAAACAAGGAAGCCACACGGGCGCGUCCAGGUCUGCCAUCCAUCCAUCAUGUCGUGGGGUGUGUGUGUCUGUGUGUGUGAAUGUGUCCACCAGACGUACAAGGAGACGGCCAAUUUGUACGACAUGCUGGGCAUCCCCGUGGGGUCCGACCAGCGGGUCGUCUACCAGGCAUGGAGAAGACACUCCCAGAUGUACCACCCGGUGAGCCAGUCAGCGAGCGGGUGAGCGAGCCGAGGCAAGACGAGGCGUGUUAUGAGUCCAUGCGUGGCGGUGCCUGUAGGACAAGAACAGCAGCCCUGAAGCGCAGGAGUUCUACUACUACCUCAAGAAGGUAAGGUGUGAUAUGCGAUGGAUGCGCCCAACACACGGACGGACCCAGAACGGCCUGCUGACUGAUUCCUGUGUGUGGUGUGGUGUGUGUGGCUGUGUGUGGGUGUGUGUGGGUGUGUUGUGUUCAGGCGUAUGAGACGCUGUCCAACAACGUCCUCAAGAGCAACUAUAACCGGUUUGGAGACUACAACGACGGUCAGUCAGUGACGGAGUGAGGGAGUGAGUGAGCGCCAACCAAUCCAAUCCAGUGCACUCUCCACCUCACCUGUGGGCUGGGCCGUGUGCUGUGUGUCAUGCACACAACACAGGUCACGUGACGGACGAGACCUCCCAGACGAUCGUGAUGCUCAGCUUCGUCUCCUACCUCCUGCUCUUCUCCGUCGGCUGCCUCCUCACACUUGCUAAACCCAUCCAAUUCGCCAGACAAGUCCGUUGGCCGGGCGGACAUCAGAUGGAUGUGGCACUCCGGGGCACAUAGGACGAAGGUUAUGUGUUCGUGUUGGGAUGUGUGCAGAUCUUUCUGGUGUAUGUCGUGGCUGCAUUCUGUCUUGAGCUGAAUCUUCGGUUCGUGGAGGACGAUGGGUCGAUCCCCAUGCUGCAGCACCUCCUGCCCUUCGAAAAGAUACUCGUGAGCCCACUCCACCGAUGUGGCCACAUACACACAAAUAAUAGACGGCGGCUGUGCUGUCUUGCUUGCUUUGUGUUGUGUUGUGUUGUGUUGUGUGUCAGUUGAUGCGCCAAAUGUUCCCAUCGGUCAUGUGUGCGGCCAUGAUCUUGUCGAGCUUCCUGUAUGUUGACCAGGACUCGAUCAACCAGCAGCUCUACACGGGGGUCGUGCAGAGCAACGUGCGCAUCUUCAACUGCGUCAGCACACUCAGCAUGCACAGAGACAAAACCGGUGCGGGGCGCCCACACCCCACACCCUCACACACCCUCACACACCACACCGCUCGGUCUACCUCUGUGUGUGUGUGUGUGUGUGUGUGUUGUUCCCUCCUGUCAAUCAAGCAGGUCUGUUCGGGCAGCAGAGGAAGAAGGGCGCCCCCCCAUCGACAGCCAACCUGCCGGCGGCGAGCGAGAAGGGCCCAGGGAAGAUCAAGAAGCGGACCACGGGCAGCGUGAGCAGGAGCGACGUUGUCACGGGAGGAGACAACAGGACAGCCGGCACCACCAGUGCCGACAACGCACAGGGAGGGGCGGGGGACGGCCCACAAGACUCCUUUGCGGUGAGUGAGUCGGUGACUGGAUGGGGAUGGGGGGGUGGGUGCGUCGGGGGUGGGGUGCACAGACACGGUUGUAUCAUGCCUCUGUGUGUGGAUUGGAUGUGUGUGUCAGUCGUUCUCGAAAGGCAUGAACGAGGAACUGAGAGGCAAGCUGGACACCGUGCUGCUGAAAUCGGUCAGCCAUUGCGUGGGCUGGGUGCACUCUGCACUCACUCUUGACGCACGUGGCCUGGCCUAACUGUGGCGGUUGUUUGUGUUUGGUUUGUUUGCUUGGGUGCGGCGCAGGCGCAGGCUGCGACGGGUCAGAACGCGCAGCAGGGGAGCGGCCAGCCCAACAUGAUGCAGAUCGCAUUCUGGGUGCUCAUCUUCCUCGUCUACUGGACAAGCUCGAAAUGAAUGAAUGAGUGAAUGAAUGAUGCG